AUAAAAAAUGUUGCAAUUGUGGUCCAGUACAGUAGGCAAUCGUGAGAACAGGAAGUUUCCCACCAUACAAGUAUUUACCAGCUCUGCUGACAACUGUUCCUUCAAACAAGUGCAAUCUGCAACUACAGAUGUGGUUUGUAAGAGGUGCUGAAAAAAAACAAACACGAUGAAAGCAGAUACUUUGCAAUUUAAAGCAUUUUUUAUAAACUUAUAUAAACUUAUUUUCUUUGACCAUCAUAACUUAACCUUCAGAUUUUGGAUUAGACCAUUCUACAGAUCACUGAUUGUUGGUUUCGUCCGGUCUUGCAGAGUUUGUGGAUAAUUGCAACAUUUAUAGAGACGAGCAUCUGCACAUAGAAGAUAAACUGGUUGUGUGUUUCUUUGUGCAACUGACACAAACUUCCCCUUUUCUAAAUGUUUAAAUAAUUUCAUAUUCAUUAAAGUGGUACACAAAAAAAAAUAUUUUUUCCUGUUCCCUAAUUUGUCAGUGUUGAACAUAGGAAUUCCCUGAAGGACAUACAGUAUGAUGGUAUAGAUCCGUGGUCACCAAUCUUUUCGAGCCCAAGAUCCUUUUUUAAUUCCAAACAUAAACCCACAAAAGGAGUGUCAUAUUUAAAAAAUUUGGAAAUUUCUGUUAAAGGCUGAAUGUACAAGAAAUUAAAAUACACAGAGAGAGGCAGCUGUGCAACUUUUUCUAUUCAAUGCAAAAUAUACAAAUGAAUAUCAAUUCAUAUUUGCAAUGCACAAUAUGUAGCUUCUCAGUUCCACAUCAUGUUCUGAAGAGAAGCUGCUACUGCAACACAAUGUUUUUACAUAUAGGCUUUGAUUUUAAUAUGGCUACAAAUAUGAUUAUCGCCUUGUAUGAAAGAAGUCCCUUGUACUCAAAUAAAUACCAGUACUACACAGUAUGAAGACGUGCAUCUUCCACUCUUGCAAAUAUUUCACAAUAAAAAAAACUUUUUUAAACAAAGGAAUGGAUUCCAACAACAGAAAAGCUGGAGUGCUUUUAUAUUGAAAAGGCAUACAGAAAGCGUUGCAACCACUUGUUUGUGACAUGAAUUCAUCAGAUAAACAUUAAAACCAAGGUGAUUGUUGGAUUAAGGAGCUGAAAGGAUUAUCAUGUUCCACUGGCUGGACGAACACCUUAAAUAGAUCAACCCGACGGCGUCAGUGCUGCGAAGCUGCAGAAGAAUCAGAAUCAGCCGACUGGGAACACAGGUUUCACCCAGAGGGUUUCUUCUACCUCAUACUGUGCAGGUGAGUGUUUGCAGUGUUGUCUUGAAUUGAAAUACUGACUGACAGCUCUGCAUAUUUACAGUUUCAGUUUAGGAUGAAUCAAAUGGACAUUAUCUUGUGAUGCAUUUCUUUUCAUGAACUGUGCAAAUUUUAGAUUUAUGUGAGUUAAAUAAUCUUGUAGAGAAGACUUAUAAUUAAAAAACAAGUAUAUUUACAUGUUUACUUUCCACCACUAACAGUACUGCUUAAGAAUAUAACACUAAUAUAUUAUUAUUAUUAUUUAGUUUUUUAGUCGAUGUUUCCUCUAAGUUAAUGCUUUAUCAUUACUACUGCAAAGACACCUGUUUUAUCUACUGUUACCAGAGCCAGUUGUAAACGUGCCUGUUCGAUUUGCCACAGUAACUAAAGGCCGACUGUGGGACUCAGUCCACAGAACCGUUGAUGGUCCCAGUCGCCUCUGCUGCAGAGCACUGGUCGCCUGUUUAUUCAAAGUUCAAUUAUCAGCUUAUUAUUGAGCAUAUUGCGUGUCCAAAUCACGACAAAUUCCACACUGCACUCCCUUGGGCCCUUAACAAUGCACAUGUCACGUGUGAAGCAGAUAAGAUGAAUGCUUCUCCAGAUAUGAAAGUCACAGAACAACAGACUAAACAGAGAUAGAUUAGUGGAAUUAGUCGAUAGAUGAUAGAAAGUAUCCAUCAUAUCUGUUCUUUAUCAAAGGACCUGUUGUGACUCUUCUAAUAAUUCACUUUGUGUCUCUGCAGAAAUGGCUGAUGUUUUCAAAGGCCUGAGUUUCCUUGAGACCCUGAAAGAAUCCAUAGACAGCAAUAAGUUAUCAGAUGUCAGGGACUCGGUAGAAGAUCUCUUGAUCAGUAGGAUCAACUUGGCUGUGAUGGGAAACCGCGGUGAUGGAAAAGACUCCUUUAUCAACUCCCUCCGUGGCCUCGGACCUGGGGAUGAGGGGGCGGCUCCUGCUUCAACCCCAGUGGCCUCAGAGGACGUGGCAGGCUACCCUGACCCUAAACACCCGGACUUCCGCCUGUGGGACCUGCCGCCUGUGCCCGACACCUCCCCAUUCGAACCUGAGGGAUACAUGGAUAGGGUUAAAUUCCUCCGCUACAACGCUAUCUUCAUGGCAUUCACAAAUACGCCCCAUCCCAACAGUGUGCAGGUGUUCUUGGAAGCCCGCUCACUGCAGAGACAAACGGUGUACUGGGUUCUUCUAGCUUCAAUGGGAGAUCCAGAGAAAAGACUUGAAGAGAAGAGGAAAGCCAGUCUGGAAACACUGAGGUCAAAGGGUGUGACGCAACCUAAAGUCUACGUGGUCAGACCCUCCAACCUGGAGAAGUCUGACUUCCCUGGUCUGUUGGACGACUUGGGCAAAGACCUUCCAGAGAUCCGAGCCCAAGCCCUUCUCUUGGCUCUCCCGACGCUCACCUCAGUCCUGGUCACCCAGAAAAAGGAGACCUUCAAAGCUCUGGUAUGGGCCGCUGCAUCGCUAUCUGGUGGGAUGUCUGCCGUUCCCAUCCCCCUGGUGGCUUCUAUGGUGGACUCGAGUGUAGCGGUGCGGAUCCUUACGAAAGCUCAGUUAUCUCUGUGCCUGGAUGACAAAUCAGUCGAGCGACUUGCCCGACAGCGAGGCGUGGAACCCCUGAGACUUAAAGGGCUGCGGACCUGUGCGCUGUCAGGGGAGGUUACCAAAGGGGAAGUGAAGCGGCGGCUGGCGGCGGCAGAACAGGACUUGGCCACGGUGUCGUCAAAGCUGGUGGAGAUGGCCAUGCCCAGACACGCCCGUUAUGCCAGCCGCUCCUUCACCGCCAUGCUACAAGCUCUGAACGGCGCCAUUGAUGAAAUGGCGGCUGAUGCCGAGAAGAUCGUGGCUGCAGCUCUCGGGGAGGAGGAGUGAAAUGCUUUUCUCUGUGUGAGAUGUUUCCUGUUUACUUGUUGUUCACCUUCACUUUUAUGUUUAUUCAACUCUUCACAAACCCUUUUGAUACGUUUUCACAUUGUUAGAUGAAGUUUUAAAUAGAGACACUGUAAAUACUAAUAAAUAUGUCGUACUGAAAAUGGUGUGUGCCGAAUUCACUACAAACAAAAACAAAAAGCGGAAGUGGGAGGAAAUGCAUAUGCGUGCAUAUACUGUGAGAAGCUGCAAACACUAUCACUGUAGACAGAACACCUACAAGAAGCUGUUUACUGGCUUGCAUGAUGAAGUGAUGCAAUUUUUUUCUUUGCGUCCCCUUUCAAAGUGUGAACACUUCCUUUUUCUGUAAAGUCUCAUUCUCGGAGUGAGGCUGUGUGUGACAGACCGAUACAAGUAGGUUCUCUGAGGAUCAGGAGAGACCCGAUUCCCAAUUUAACAAUGUUUACUUUGACAAACGCACAGAAGUAAUGUGAAUGUUUACAGUCUUUGGCAUUUUAGAACCUUGUGAUAUGUCAUCAGGAUUAGAAGGGGGUGGAGCAGAGCAGCGAACUGGAAUACCCCCCGGGGUCUAGACUUUAUGAGCAUUGUCCUAUUGGACUUCGCUAAGUGUGACAUCCUCUGCCCUUAACCCUCACAAGAGUAAGGAAAAACUACAAAAACCUUCUUGAGGGAAAAACGUAGAAACCUCAGGAAGAGCCGCAUGUGAGGGAUCCCUCUUCCAGGAUGGACAGAAGUGCAAUGGAUGCCACGAGUAAUAGGGUACAUUGUCAGGCAGUCUUGUUGAUUUUUUAGUCCGCGUUCAGCUGCCACCAUGAUCGGGUGCCGCCAUAAUCCACAAUCCAUUGUCAUGAUCCACCAAUACUAUUUGGAUCCAUCAUCAUGGUCCAUGAUUGCUGCCAACAUGGUGAGGGAUUAUAUAGAACA